AUGGCUGCUCCUAAUCCCGAAGCCGCCUACCCCACCUUCUCCGCUCUCUACGCGCACAUCCUCGCCCUCCCUCCGCCCCUCACCCCUCCAGCCAAAACCACCUCGACCAAGCUCACUGCCCAGAUUUCCAAUCUAUCUCUACACCCCACCCUUGAAGUCGCCCUUCACAUCCUCAACAAUGACCUGCCCUCGGCGCAUUUCCUAGUCCGCCACAUGCAAGCACCGCCCGCCUACGAGGGGAUGUUUUUGCAUGGCAUAUUGCAUAGGAUCGAAGGGGACUACGAUAAUGCCAGAGCUUGGUACAGGAACGUUGCAGAGAGUGAGGUGUUUAAGGAGGUGUGGGAGGGUGGGCAGGAAGAGGCGACACGGUUUAUUGGGAAGGUGGAGGGAUUGGUGAAGAAAAGAGAGGGCAAUGAGGAGGAAUUGGAGAGGGAGAGUUCGAGGGAGAUCAAAGCCGUUGUGGAAUACUGCAGGAAGAAGUUCGGGGAGAAAGAGAUGCUAGAUGCGACGCAGGCGUGGGUGAAGCCCGGAGAGGACCAUAGGAAAAUGGGGGAGGAGAUGGUGUCUGGAGGGAAAGGGUUCAGAAAGUUCUGA